UGGUGGCCUUUCAUUUGAAUUCAGAACUUUUGCGAGCAAUGGUAUUUUGUUCUAUUCUGCGAACAAUGCACAGAUAGAUUUCAUAUCUUGUUAUUUACAAGAUGGAAAAGUUACUUUUGGAUUUAACACUGGUUCGGAAGAUAUCUUCCUUUCAACAGAUAAUGUCGUAAACGAUGGAACAUGGAAAAAGGUAUUAUUAUACAGGGUGUAUCAGAAAAAAGUACACAGUUGGAAAAAGUUCACUAAAGUCAGAUGUCCUUUAACGUUCUCUGGUACAUCUAGCACUAAAAUUAUUUAAAAUGCUAGCGUUUUUAGAGCAGGAAUUAAAGCUGUUACGAAAAACUCCCCAAAAAGGCCUUGCGCAAAAAAAUUUUUCAUCGCCAUCGGAAACAAAAUUUAAUCACACAGAGUCAAAAUAUGGACAAGCGAUCAAAGUUUCAAGAAAUUUGGUGCACGCGUAGGCCAACGCGAGAUCUUCAAAACCUGGAUUUUCUGCCAUUUUGUUAGUUCAAACCCGAUUUCUUUGCAUGAUUUCAAAUUAAUUUUAUGCAUGCUCGGGUGUUUGUAUAAAUUACAGCACGAAAUUUGCAAGCCAAUUCCGAAAGGUCCUUUCACAAAAUUAUUUACAUGCAGUUUUUAUUUACAAACAAAAUCAAUCUUCAACAUAGGAGGGCAUGCACGUUGAAGAUUGAUUUUAUUUGUAAAUAAAUACUGCAUGAUGUCAAUAAUUUUGUAAAUAAACGCGUUGUUAAUAACUCUAGGACCUUUGGCAAUUGGCUUGCGAAUUUCGUACUGUAAUUUAUGCAAACGUCCGAGCAUGCAUAAAAUUAAUUUGAGAUCAUGCGAAGAAAUCUCGUUUGAACUAACAAACUGGGAGAAAUCCAGGUUUUGAAGAUCGCGCGUUGGUCUACAAGUGCACCAAAUUUCUUGAAACUUUGAUAGCUUGUGUAAGACAGUCCAUAUUUUGACUCUGUGCGAUUAAAUUUUGUUUCUGAUGAAUAAUAUUUUUUGCGCAAGGAAUUUUUUAGGGGGAUUUUAGUAACAGCUUUCCUGCUCUAAAAAGCCGAGCAUUUUUAAAAAUAAUCAGAGAACGUUAAAGUUCAUAGGCUUACUGAAAGUUUUCGCAAAUGUCGCGCGCAUAUAUCUGACUUGACUAGUGAACUUUUUCCAAUUGUGUAUUUUUUUGUAUAUAUAUAUAUAUAUAUAUAUAUAUAUAUAUAUAUAUAUAUAUAUAUGUAUAUAUAUGUAUAGAUGUAUUAUAUGUAUAUAUUACUAAGCGAAGCUGCAGUUUCACCAAACAUGCAAUGAAAGCCAUAAAGCUUUGUUUAGCGAGUCUGAGUCGGCCAAAAACAUAUUUAUGCCCGCAAGCAUCCACUCUAUGAAUAUCUCGUGUGUAAUUUCUUACCUCUAUAUGUUUGUCUCCAUAGGUUACUAUUUACCGAGAUAAAGUUAAAGCACAGCUUACUGUUGAUGGUAUUGAUGUUAAUGCUGUUGGCAACCCAGGUGCCACAAUUAUUAAUGGAAUCCCCUAUUUAUAUUUUGGCGGAUACAAAACUGAAGUGUUGAAAAGGAAAAUUAAUGUAAGUACUGCAUGUUUAUACACUGUGCUUUUCUAGUUUUAAAAGUUCGAAAUGUUUCUUUUCAAAAACUUUGGUGUCGUAAGUAAUACAAGCCAAUGCAAAUGCAGGUGUGGAAAAAAUUAUUUACUUUCUGGGACCACAGGGGGACAUCGAAAAUGUUCUGUCAAUAAUCAAGUAAAUCGACACUUGGACACUGCAUGUGUGACACUAACAAGUUGUCAAACUGGAUGUCAUGUUAUAUUUUACAGGGAAAAAAUAUCACUGAGAAUCUUAACAUAUAACAUGCAACUAAUGUAGAUAACAUGCAUCAAUGGUUGAUCCUAAGGUAAACACAGAUGCCAAAAAGUUAGGGCACUAUAACGGUACUAGGGGACACUAUCAGGGACAAAAUUUUUUAAAAUCAGAUGUCCCAGAUCAGUUAUAUUAAUAAAAAUGCAUUUGCUAUCAUGAGGUUAUACUGUGAAUUUUUCUCUGAUUUUCUCCUUUUAUCUAAAUUAUUACAUUUUUUCUUUCUUGGGAGAAAUAUUUUCUGAGAAAUUAAAAAAGUUUCUGGGAUCAAUGGUCUCGUGGUCCGAUACUUUUUCCAGCCCUGUCCAAAUUAUGCGUUCUGCGUCUGGUAAUUGCAGCUGAACUAUAACAUAUAACUGAGACAGGAUCAGCAUCAGCUCCACCUUUGAAUUUACUAUAUGAGUAUAAAUUCUUAAACACGUCCGAAUUUAUCAUUAUGAUAAAUUCGCGGCAAAUUUUGAAUUUAUCAUAAUAAUAAAUUCGCGGCACCUAACACUAACCCUAACCCCAACCCCUAACCACUAAAACCACUAAUCCCUAACUUCCUUAAAAAUCUAACUUUUUAAAACUUUUUUUGCUUUUUAAAACACUUUUAAAACUUUUUAAAACCUAUUUUUUUAACUUUGUUUCUUGUCAUUGCGCGCUUGAGAAUCGCGCGUUCAAAUAUCAAUUAUUUCCCAUGAUUUCAAGAGAAAUGACGUAUUCUAAUCUCAAUAUUUUCUCAUAAUUUCAGGCGAAAUCACGUGUUCCAAUCUCAGCUUGUUUUCGUAGAUUGAUGUGGCACAGUGGUAUGAAAUUCCCAAAAAAGCCAGUUAAAGAACAGUUCGUAAGCAAAUGUUACAAUGAGCAGCAGGAAAAGAGUGUAUAUUUUGCAGGCAUUAACAGUUACAUGAUAGCAAGUGAGUCUUUAGCUUUUAACGCAUUUUUAAUAAUAGCAGCACUCAAAUCCGCUCCGACCGUGCAUGUGCUUUAUCCUUUAGGAUUGUGAAAGUAAUAAUGAAGCUUUGCCGCCUUUGCACCCAAUCAGAUUUCGUUUACGUCGAAGUUCAUAGUUGGGAAAUACAAACAAGAAAUUACUCCUCAGCGGCCUAAAAUGUUAAAUGAACUCGAAAAAAAAUGUUUUUGGCAGAAUUCCUCCACCUAGGCGCGAUAUUAGGUGGGCAGCGGCUAGCCACUAUAUGCCACGAUACCUCCUGAAGCCAUGCCUAGGCCAGUAUGCAUGUUUAAUACUGCAAAAACGACGUAAGUUCUGGAUGUUCACUCUCUCUUCUUCGGAGAGGAGGCUUACAUGAAUUUUGACAUAAACAUGACUAUAUUUUUGGUCGGCAGUCGGUACUAUAUGGCUGCAUUUUGAUCCGACAAUAUUUAUAUUUUGUUCCGACGAUACAUACUAGGCUGUCUUCCAUUUGUUGAACUUUCGGAAGAUGAGUUGACUUGCUUACUUAAAGAAAAAAACACAACAAAAAAGCGACUAAAACCGCCGUCGAUGUCAUAUAUAUAUAUAUAUAUAUAUAUAUAUAUAUAUAUAUAUAUAUAUAUAUAUAUAUAUAUAUAUAUAUAUAUAUAUAUAUAUAUAUAUAUAUAGUUACUUACUUGUAAUAACAGUUGCCUGAAGAUUGCGAAAUUGCAUGAAACUCUGAGUAGCAACAUAUACCAUUUUUAAGAUUAAAUAUAUAUAUAUAUAUAUAUAUAUAUAUAUAUAUAUAUAUAUAUAUAUAUAUAUAUGUGUGUAUAUAUAUAUAUAUAUAUAUAUAUAUAUAUAUAUAUAUAUAUAUAUAUAUAUAUAUAUAUAUAUAUAUAUAUAUAUAUAUAUAUAUAUAUAUAUAUAUAUAUAUAUAUAUAGCUUCUUUGGGUACUUAUAAUGUAGAAUAAUGAAAAAAAUUUCUUGAACUCAAAUAUUGUGAACCAGGGGGGUGUGUCUUUUCCAACAAACUAAAAAUGGCUCGCGCAAUAAAUUUAAAAGUUGCAACCAUAUUUUGAGCCAAUAGAUGGAAACUUUGUCGGGUUUUUAAUUACUGUACAAAAUUUCAGACAAUUUGGUUUAGUUUAAGCCCCUUAACUAUUCACGCAAAGUUACAUUUUUCCUAAAAAUCAGCUAUUUGCAUGCUUAAUUAAUUGAUGCAUUUGCCUAAUUUGCAUAUGUCAGCAAUAUGCAAAUUAGGUAAAGGCAUUAAUUAAGCAUGCGAAAGGCUGAUUUUUAGAACAAAAUAAAUAGUUAAAGGUCUUAAACUAAACCAAAUUGUCUGAAAUUUUGUACAGUAAUUAAAACCCCAACAAAUGUUCCAUCUGUUAACUCAAAAUAUGAUUACAGCUUUUAAAUUUUGUGCGCGAGCCAUUUUUAGUUUGUUGGAAAAGACACCCCCCCCUGGUUCACAAAAUUUGAGUUCGAUAAUUUUUUUUCAUUAUUCUACAUUAUAAGUACCCAAAGAAGCUAUAUAUAUAAAAAACCGGAUACAAAUAGGUGUUUUGCGAAAUUGAGAGCAAUUUCAAAUCUGUUCAGUUUUUUUUUAUACACACUGUAUAAACGAGAAAAGUGAGGUACAAGCAAAAGUUGUAAUAAAUAUUUCACGAAUGGCGACAUGCCACAUUGUCAAAAGUGGAAAUAAACCAAGAAAAAUUCAGCCAUUCAGCUGAAUUCUGAUUGGCUAAGCUUGGAAUGCGCUAGACGGUAAUAAAUAAAGAAAAACUAAAAAUUUAUCAAAACAGUGGAAAAAACAUUGUUUAAAGAAAUAAAAACGUGUGAAAUAAAGGCAAUUAUUUAGUUCUGAACUGAUGGUGAUUUGAGAAAAUUGCAGAAAAAACUCAAAGAAGUAUGAGAUUACCCAAAUUCUGUACUUUAUUAAAAAAAAUACAAUUCAAUCGUACGUUUCGUUGACAAACGAUUAGCAAAAUUGGAUAUUUGUUUUCAAAAUUGUUAGUAUUUAUAUUUUAUUCGUCUCACGAUCCAAGUAAUGAAAGAUGCAAUUUAAAAUGCCAUUCAAUAUAUGUCACCAGAAUAUUUUCAAUUAAAAAUAUACUACAACAUUUAUUAAGUUAUAUGGCUCUUAUGGAAUUUUCAAUAUUUUGCCAUUUUUGUUAAUUAAGUAACGUAAGUUAUGCAAGUUCCGCAGCUCCGUGGUCUGCUGUUCCGCUAAUUAGUCAUAUUCUGCAUGGUCAUGGGCCCAUUUCGUAUAUUAUGUGUGAAUCAUAAUAAAUAUUUUGUUAUCAUGUAUGUGAUACACUCGAUUUGGCUGCUAUAGCCAUUUCUUUGCUGUUUAGCCAUUGCUUUCUUAUCAUUUGUCAUAUGAACUUUGCACUUUCGUUGGGAUCUCUGAGUUCAUGUUUGUGGAUCGUCAACGUUAUGACAUUUAUCUCAUACUGUUUUUCUUCAAACUAUCUUAUUUAUACCUACGUUGUUCUUCGAAACUACUCGUCAAACAUGACAAAAAGUAUUAUUGUAUAAAAAUAUAGUCUUGAAAUUUUAUCUUUAAACUUUAGGUUAAAAACUGGUUUGAAAUUAAUCCCGUCCCAUAUUACUUUGUGUGUUUAUACAACUAAAGGAAAUGGGCCUGAUAUUCUAUGGCCACUUUUACUAGUCCUAUAACUAGGUUUUUGCAUAUGAAUUAGUUCAUUCCAUAAGUUGUUUACAACAUUCGCAACACUACACGCGGGUUGUUCCCAUGGCCAGUUAUUAAUGACAAGUUUGGAACAAGUUGUUAUCAUCUUGUAACAAGGUUGACGAGCCCAACAGAGUCGCAAAAAGUUGUUCUGGCAAGUCUGAUAUCGUCUGCACCUAAAAAGUUGUUAACAAGUUCAUGACCAUAAAGUUCGUAGCAACUUGCUGGGAACAGCCUGUAUCAGUCUUGUUGGAACAACUUGUAGCAAGUCUUCUAUACCGUCAUGAACCUUGUAACAAGAUGCUAAUGCUUGUUUCAGAAUUCAGAUUUGUCAGAACAAAUGGAAACAAGCAGUGCUAACACAUUCUGAUAACGACUUGACAACAACCUUGUAACAACUUGCGUGUUUUUACGUGUGUAACUGAUAAACUUCAUUAUUUUAUCCACGUGAUUGUCGGUUCGCCCUUGAAAAUGUCCAUGCUGGUCAUUCUCAUAGUUCAACUGCUUCUACUCUUAAAAACAUUCUUAGGAGUUAGGAUACAAUUGCCUAAUUGUCCUACUUCUCACUUAUUUUUCUUCUUGUACUUCAGCGGAGGCAUUCUUUGUUGGUCGUAAAAAACUAUUUAGUAUGGAUAUCAAGCCACAAAACAUGACAGGUCUCAUCUUUGCUCUUGUGGAUCAGAAACGUCCAGAGAAUGGAGAUUUUGUGGUCUUGGAACUUAACGACGGAAGUGUAAGUUCACUGGAGAAUUAUUAUCAUAGCUUGCGGAAGUUUUGGACUAUACCAGUAUAUGCUGUAACGAUAUGCCUAUAUAUCAGACUGUACCAUGCAGUAAGGCGCACGAUAUGCCCCUCUAAAGUCAAUAACAUUACGGUAUACUUGUAAUGUAUAUAAUGUAUAUAUGCCCAUCAAUAUUGUAUUUAUGAAUUAGGACUGUGUGACUAAACAAAAUUUGCAUUGAAAUGCUAAUUAAAUUGAGAUGGAUAAUUAUCACUUUUUCAACUCUAUAGAAAAAAUUUAUCACGAAGUGAAGACCGUAAAGCAACACAUAAAAAUUUAAUAACAAUCGUCCAAGUUUACUGUUAAAUUUGAGUCAAAUUUUGAUCCAUCAAGGGGGGGGGGUGUAUAAAUUUUUAAGGAAGGCUCAAAACGAUCUCGGGCACUUCCCCUCAAGAUUCUGCCAUGUUGUACACUAUCCUGCUUACUUGUGCCCCAAACUGACAUGCUCCAAAUGAUGUUUCUUCAAUAGAGAUUGGAAUUUGAGAUAUAAGAUUACUUUAUUUAUUUAUUUAUUUAGCUUUGCCAACUAGGGCAGGGUCACCACAACAGCAUAUGCCAAUUACUGUGGGCCCUUUUUACUUAACCCACCCUGUCAACUUUCCCUGUGGGAGGAAACCGGAGUACCCGGGGAAAACCCACGGCUUUCGGCAGGGCGUUGACUUUUACUCUUUUCACAUGGGGACUGGGUUCGAGUCGCACUGAGAAGGUACUUAGUGAGACUCGAACCUGCAGCCUCAGAGGUGAAAGGCAAGUGCGCUAACCACUUGGCCACCGAAGCCCCUGAUCUCUACUUGACACUGAUCUCAAAUUUUCCCCAGGUUGUUGUAAGAGUUCAGAAUGGUGAUGGUAUAAUGCAAACAUCGUGGACACCAUUGGAUGGUCAAACAUUGUGUGACAACAAGUGGCAUAAAAUCGUUGUUUCAAAAGUGGAAAAAACGCUUAGCUUGCAGGUUGAUACCAACCCUCCUUCCAAAGUAAAGCAAGGAACACUAACUGUUGCCAAUGUGAAGGAUCAAUUCUUUCUUGGAGGAAUACCAGGUUUGUUCUUGUUUUUUGUCACAUCAUAGCAGAACUUUUUUCUUUCAAAAGUGUUAUCACUGAACCUGGGCCGACCAAAUUUCUAAAGGAAAAAAGACAGAAAACAAUUUUAGCCUAAUAAAAAUGAAAUGAAUUGAACAUAUUCUUGAUAUUUAAAAACAUAUCUUGUUGCUGGGACGUCACUGAGUUCACUGGUCAUAUAAACGUAAAGGUCUGCACUGUUUACACUUACAAUUUUUGCCGCGAACGAUUAGAAGAGUUAUGAAUGUUUCGAUGAGGGUACAUAUACUCAGGGACGCCGGAACUGGGGGGCGGCUGCCCCCCUUGCCUUUUGCUAGGGGGGGCAGGGGGGGCAGAAGUGCCCUUUUAGUUGUAAAAUAAUACGUGAUAAAUCACAUUUCCAACGAUGCUUUUUGCGGGAAAAUCGCGAGAUUCAGGUAAUUUAUAGUUUAUAUUUAUAAAAAUUUUGGGAAAUUUUUGGAAUUUAGAAAAAUAUUUUGAAGAAAUGGCGAAAAUUUAAGAUACCGGAAAAAUUUUUGGCUUCACGGAAAAUUUUUGUAUGUCCGGAAAAAUUUUUUUGGACCCCUAAAAUGGUACACUGACCGAAAUUUUUUUGGCGACGGGGGGGGGAUCGCCAAAAAAUUUAGCAGUGAAAAAAUAUUUUUCAGUAAAGGUGCCCUUGGUGUGCGUCCGCCCCCCUUUGCCCUAUUAUCGUUCCGGCGUCCCUGCAUAUACUCAGAACAUUCAUACUCAUCUGUUUGUUCACACGCAUCAGAAGACGAAAAUCGCAGUAUCGCUGCUUGAACCACCUUCCUUUCACAAUUAUACGAUAAUCUAUCACAAGAAAAAGAAUGUAGUUUUUUUAGUCGGGCACCCUGACUAUUGAAAUAAUACAUCGAAGUCAUCCCACUCUUAGAGUGUUGACUAACACUUUUCACCUUUGUGUCCUUAUCCAACACGAAAAUGGAGCUUGCGAUCUUACAUAAGAAUCACUUCACUCUGUUGCCAAAAAGUACUUCUUUUGUAUUGUUUUAGCGAAUGUCAGGUCAUCUGGUAUUAAUGUGAGGUCUUCGUAUCAAGGAUGUCUCAAGAAUUUCAGGGUCACGAUGUCUUCUGUUGUCGAGUUGUUCAACCCAGCAUCGAUGUUUGGUGAUAUUUCUAUGUUUGGUUGUCCCAUCGCUGAUUAG